GUGUCUCAGUCACCCCCUCUCCCAGCCCCUGUAGCCCCUCCUAGCGCUGUGCAGUGUGCGUAUGUAUCUCUGCCAGUGCGAGCUGCUCCUCUCUGAACAGGAUACCAAAGGCUGCUCCCAUUACAUGAGGUGUCAGAGCGUUUGGGGUCCCGCUGAAGCGCGUGCAGUUUUUUUUGGAUUUAGGGUUCCAACUACCGGAAGAGGAACAUCUGUAGGGGGUUUUCCGGGGACUUACAUGGAUUGGUAACCAGUCAUUGGAUUGUACUGUGUCUCUGAUGUUCUGGUUUUGGGAAUCUUUUGCAGAGAGAUGGGGAAACUUUACUCGAAACACGCUGCAGUUUGCAAACCCAGAGAAAGUCCUGAAGGGGAUAGCUUUGCAGUCAAUGCCUGCUUAGCUCGGAAAGGCAUUGAGGAUUGGAUUGCGAAGCAGAAGUCUCCAUCUAACUCCAGUCUCAAGACUGGGUACAGAAUCACCCAGAGGGAUUCAUCAGGUGACAUUUGUAAAGAGAGCAUUGCAAAUGAGCAUUUUCAUCUGGAAGUUGCUCUGCCAGAAGAGAAGAGUGAGGGUCUGUUUACCAGUGAUGAUAGGAAAGCAGAUAAAGAGACUGAUGGGCGUGUUAAGAAGCAGCUCAAAUUUGAAGAAUUGCAAUGUGAUGUAUCUGUUGAAGAAGAUAAUAGGCAAGAAUGGACCUUUACAUUGUAUGAUUUUGACAACAAUGGAAGGGUUACCCGAGAGGACAUUACUAGUUUGCUACAUACAAUAUAUGAAGUAUUUGAUGCAUCAGUAAACCACUCAUCAAGCUCAAGUAAAACCUUGCGUGUAAAGCUGUCUUUGGCCCCUGAUGCCACACUGAAAAAGAGGACUGUGUUGGUGAAUCAUGCAGAGCUGCAGAACGGUAGACAUAGGAGCGAAAGUAAAGUCGCUGAGGAUUUACGGGGCUCAGAGAAAAAACAGCGGGGAUCUGGAAGGCUUGAAAAUGUGACUGAGCAAACAGAAUGUCAUCUGCAAUGCGUAGAUGAGAACAUAGAAAGAAGAAAUCACUAUUUGGAUCUUGCUGGAAUUGAGAACUACACAUCUCGAUUUGGGCCAGGGUCACCACCAAUGUGUGAAAAACAUGACUCACAGGCAAAGGCUUCUAAUCAGAUGAGAUCUCGUUCACAUGAACCUGAAUCCAUCAACUUCCACCACAGGAGAUCACAGGCUUUAGACACAGGACAUUUCAACAUGGCUGAACUGUCUCAUAUUAAAAUGGCAGAAGUUCAGCAAAGGCAGCGUGGUCAAGAAAAUAAUAAACACUCGGUUCGAUCUCCCAGAGCAUCAAAUAAAAAUGGACAUCUCUCUACAAGCCAGCCUGGAAGAACAAGAAACAAGCCCAGCCAGGGCAUGUCUAUGCCAAUGACUCCUCCAAAUGCAAUGCUGGGCCAGAGCUACCCAUACCAUCCUGUGCCACCUCAGCCAGUUCAUAGGAAAAGCAAACAGAAGACCAAGGAUGGACACCAGAUGUGUAAGGCAUUUCAGUCUCCAGUAAAUGUGGUUGAGAAAGAGCAUGUGAGAGAUCUGCCAAGCAUGGUAUUGUAUGAUGGUCAUGUUGGACAUAUGAUACAAAGGCAUGAGCACCAUCAUCAUCAUGAACAUCACCACCACUAUCACCAUAUUUACCAAACAUAAACAAGGACCAUUUAUACAAGGACUUCAAAGUAUGUCUGAAAUCCAGAAAUCCAUUACAGUAUAAACAGCUAUACAAAUGUUCAUCAUCUGAAACAUACUGUAUCUGAUCAUACAGCUGUGGAAAUAAUAGUUGACUUUCAAUACAUAUGGUCUGGAAGUGUAUAGUGAAUUUAAGCGCACAUCCUAUGGACACCGUUAGUGCUGCAACAGAGGUCAUCAAGCACUUCUUUCAAUACAACACUUUAUGGAUAGAGAGUAGUAUAAAGUGUUCUUUAUACAUCAGAAAAUUGAACUUAUUGCACAGAAGCCUUUAUCAGGGGAAUUAGAACUUUCUGAACUUUUACCAACAACCCCUGACAAACCGCGUGCUACCUCUAGUGUUAUCCAGACUAUACUUCACUGAUGUAAUGAGCUAUGGGACACAAUUUACAAAUCUUAUCGGCUAUUGUGUUUACAUUUAUUCCCCUAAAGUUAUCUUAAUGAAUGCUAGGAAAAUUUGGUGGAUUUGCCAACAUAUUUUCGUUACUAAUGUAUGUUAAUCUUCUGUUUAAUAUUUAUAUGUAAGGUAUUUUAAACAAUCCCUUUUUCGGUUGCCUAUUUUUUAUUGUUUCAUUCACAUGGUAUCUAUUUGCUAUGUUAGGCCAUGUUUUGGAAUUUGGCACUUGUUCACAGUCUCGUUGGAAAAAGUAAAAAACAAAUGGCAACAGUUGUUUGAACAUGCAUUUAUAGGACAGAAAAAUGUUUAAGCAUGGUGAAAACUUCCUAGUUUAAUUUUUUUUUCUCCAGAUUAUGGACUGAUUUGAUGUUUUUCCGUAGGUUUUUAGGGCACAGUUUAUUGGGUUCACAGAACAUUCCUUCUCUCAGUGUAUGAUAUUAUAUAUAUAUAUAUAUAUAUAUAUAUAUAUAUAUAUAUAUAUAUAUAUAUAUAUAUAUAUAUAUAUAUAUAUAUAUAUAUAUAUAGUUCAAGAUGGCCAAGCACUGAACUAUGAAUUUAUACUUUGACCGUGCACCCACCAUUGACUAGUGUACGAGUGCAGGUACCUUUGCGAAUUUCUAUAUAUAUAUAUAUAUAUAUAUAUAUAUAUAUAUAUAUAUAUAUAUAUAUAUAUAUAUAUAUAUAUAUAUACACAUCAGUCCAAACAAUACAUAACAGUCCAAAAAAUCCUAUUACUGGUCACUAAUCUAUUGUAUUGCUGGCUGUAAUGGCAAAAGCCUUUGAAGAAAAGAAAACGGAAGACAAAUCUUGCUUAUAUGUAGGAUAAGUAUGUUUUCCUUUACAAUAGCUCAAAGCCACAUUAUUCUGAACAUGUCAGAAUUUAAGGCAGUGCUUUAAUAUUUGUCUUGUAUUGAUUAGUGGGAUAUUUUAUUUUUACCUUAAAAAUUGGGAAUCCUAUAUGUAUAAAUAAAUAUCUAUAUAUAUAUAUAUGUAUAUAUAUAUAUAUGUGUGUGUAUAUAUAUAUAUAUAUAUAUAUAUAUAAAGCAUCUAUACACUCAGGUAUGUUUUUGAAUUAAGAAUCUGUGGUUUGCUCUAAAGCGCUUUUUUUUUUUUUUUUAAUUCUUUUGGUCCUGAAGAGUUUUAGUGUGUGUGUAUUUAGAUCACAUACCUGGUAAUAUUUUACCUGUUGUACAGACCCUACUUGACCUAUUCACAUCUUGUAGCGAGAUUGGUUACUCCUUAAUUGUGAAGUUUUUUAUUGUAUAUACACAAAUAUAAAAAAUGUAUAGAACCAUAGGAAAACAAUUAUAAUGUAUUAAUAAAUGAAUAUGAAGGUUUUAUCUGUUUAACUCAAGUGGCUAUUUCAGAAUUCGCAGUAUUAAUGCAUUUUUACCAUUUGCUGUAUAGAGCCAGAUUGUGUAAAAUGUUUUUUUUUUCUUCAAACUACAUUAUAAGCUGAUAUGAUGGGUGUUUCCUUUUUAGGAUGUAUGUCACAUAUAUUGUAGUAUGUUACACCACAAUCAUUUCUAUUGGUCAUUUAUUAUUAUUUUUUGAAUUGUUUGCCUUUCUAUUCUGCAAUAGCCAAAUUAAAUGGUUCACAACCACACCCAGGCCUCUGAAGUAAGUAUUGCCUGGUGAGAGAGGAGAUGGCAGUCCUCUAAGUGAUGCAAGCAAAUAGAAAUCCUGGCACUUAAAAGGCAAUUGAUGUAGGAAGUAGUCUCUAGUGAGUCAACCAGAAGAAAAAAAACAUGUUUGGGGGUGUUACCACAAUACAGUGGUGUAACUACAGAGGAAGCAGACCCCGCAGUCGCAGGGGGGCCCAGACUGUGAGGUCUGCUUCCUCUAUAGCUAAUAAGAAAACCCCCUCCUCCCCACCCGCUCUUUUACCAGCGCGGAAGGGGAUGAAAGGUAGGUGGGGGACGGGGUGUGGGUAGAGGCUGGGUGGAGAGGAUCGUGGUCAGCAAGUGGUGGGAGGAUGAGUAUAGGAGUGUGCCAGGCCCCUCUGAAGGUUUUUUGCAGGGGAGCCCGGCGCACUCUAGUUAAGCCAAUGCCACAAUAAGCCACAUUCUAUAUUGUCUGGUGCCUAUUUAAAAUUUGGUUUGAGGUUGUGGUAUCAAAUUAAGCAUUUUUACAAUCUUAUUGUUGACUCAUUAAAUAUGAAGGACUAGUGCCCUGCUUCAGUUCAGCCUUCAGUUCAGCCUUUUUAUUGUGGUGCCUUCUUUUACUUCCUAUUCUGCACAAUUUUCUUAAUGCAAUUUAGAAUGUUAUCAGGCUGCUGACUAAAUUGUUACUGUUGUUUUAACUUUUUAUUGUCCUCGCCUAUUACUUUCCAAAACACUGCCUGGUUGCUAGGGUAUCAGGGACAACAAAAAGUGAAGUAACUCUAAACCACAAAAUGAAGAACAAUUAGUACUAGUUAUCUUAGAAUACCAUUGUCUAAAUCAUAUUAAAUUACAUUUAAUAUUAAGGUUAACAACCCCUUUAACAUUUUUUUUUUUUACAUUUUCAUCCUAUUAAAAAUAUUCCUAUUCUGCUAUAAAAUCUGUCAUUGUGCAAACUUAAAGGGAGGAGGGUCUCUAGAAAUGAUAUCUUGGUCUAUAUAUAUAUAUAUAUAUAUAUAUAUAUAUAUAUAUAUAUAUAUAUAUAUAUAUAUAUAUAUAUAUAUAUAUAAAGGGAAAGCACCUAUGCAAUUUGGUGUGAUACGAAUAACCAUUUUCAAAUAGAUAUUCCAAUGUAUCUUUACGUCGACAUGGUUUAGUAGCAGUUUGUCUGCAAUAACUUAUCUACUGUAUGUCCCUCACCAUUUGUAUGUGAGGGUUGAAAAUGAGAACAGGAAUGCUAAUGUGAUUGCAAAGCUAUUUCAAAGUAUACAUUCUGGAAGAGGAAUGAAUACCCAUUUGUAUUUAAUUUCUCUUUUAUUUUUGAUAAACUUUAU